CUAAUAUUUUUCCGAUGUCUGUUUUUCAGCGCUGCUUUACAAAUUUCCGACAGUCCGUGAAGGCAUCAAACAUUAGCUCAGUAGUUAGCAUAGUUCCGCUCGAUAAAAUGGAUCCCUUCGUUGCUUUUGCGCUGCUCUGAUAACCGAACCGGGUUCUGUUUCUCAAUGAGCUCAGAUGGAUUUUAGGCAGCAUGUUUUAUCUGCGGGCCGAGCGGUUCUAGACAUGAUGGAGCGGGAAUGGCAGCCCCUGUCAGCCGGGGAGCUGGAGCUCCGGCUGGACCAGGCGGUGGAGGAGAUCCUGGAGUCCGAGCUGGUGGGGAGACUCGAAGCGCAGCCGCCUUCUCCCGCCGUUUACCUGCGGUUACUGCGGGGCAACCCGAGCCCUAGGCCCCGGGGUUCAUCCACAGCGGCCGGGUUGACUGGUCCGACCGAGAAGGGAGCGACAGCAUCCGAAAACCAGCAGGAAACAGCGGACAGUGAUGCAGUUAAGUACAUUUCAAAGCUGAUUCAAAGCUCCACAUCCGGGGCUCGACUGGCUGGACGCGCUCGCUUGUCUUUGUCCCACACUGUCCUCCUGUCUCUGUCCCUGCUGUCUGAACGGGUCAGCUACCGCUCCGUGUCCCGCCGCUUCCAGCUGGAGAAAGGAAACAUCCACAGGAUCUUCUUCUCUUUCUGCGAGCGGAUCAGCACGCUAGCGGACGAGCAAAUCAGAUGGCCGCUUGGAGAAGAGGCUGCAGAGGCACUUUUCCCAUUUUCCGGUCUGGUGGUGGAUAAUCAGCAGGAUGAAGGCCGUAGUCUUCCUCGGGUCCUGGGAGUUUUGGGACACACACAGAUUCCCAUCCGCCUGCCUGCAGGAAAACAUGACCUGGAGAGGCUGGGACCUGCGGAGAAGAGGAUCAAGAUGGCGGCCCAUCCGGACCGCUGGUUACACCUGGAGCUGGUCUGCAGCCGUCGAGGCCAGUUCCUGCACUGCAGAGUCAGCAGCGGCUCCGAUUCGGACCGCGGCCGGAUACUGACAGACCGACUCAAACAGAACCCUCAGCUGAUGCCACCCGGUUCCUGCCUUGUAGCCAGAACCGGAUACCCUCUAUCGGCACGGAUUCUCACCCCUUACACCGGAAGCUGCGGACCAAAACAGGAAGUCUUCAACCGAACAUUGGGGGAACAUUGUCGGAUCUUGGAUUGGGCCAUCGGCAGUCUGAAGGCCAGAUUUAAACGGCUCAGCUAUCUGGACAUCGGAAACUACGACCGGGCCAGAACCGUCGUUUUGACCGCCUGCGUGUUGCACAACGUGUUCCUGCGGAUGGGACAAGAACUUCGACUGGAUUCUGAAAUAGAGAAUAUCCGAACCGCAGAGGAAGAGGAGAAGGACGGGGAGGAAGAUGAAGAGGGAGUUCAGAGACGGGAGGCUGUUGCCGAUUUGUUGUUGAGGAACAUUAACUCUGGAAUCACGUGACGGAAUAUAAACGGUAACAAACAUGGCUGAAAAAUAAAACGUCCGAUUUUUUCAUAACA